ACCAAAGAGUAUGGAUUCCUGCAGUCACGAAAGCUUCAAAUCAAGUAUGAAUCAGCUUGGGUAAUUUGAAGAUAGAUAUAUGCAGCAUUUUGUCAAAUAAGUGAGUCUAUGGGAAAAUUCAACAUUGUAUGUAUACAGAUUGCAAAGCAUUGAUACAUUUUUAGAGGCCAUUGCAUAGUUUGGUGGACUGUGCUGCCUCAUCCACUAAUCUGCAAACCUGGUAUAGCACAUCCAGAUGAUCAUAAUUUUGUCCUUUGUGGAAUUGCCUAUGUGAACGAUGUUCCAAAAAUGGCACUGCAACACAUAGUGCUCUUUGCAAAUAUUUAAGCAUCUAUGUAUGUAUGUAGAACUUCUUUCGCACCAUACGUAUCCAACCAUGCUAAUCGGAGGUGCGGCUGCUGAUUUGUUGAUGGAGCUUAACGACGACUAAAUGCAUUCACCGUUAAUACCUUGACAAAGUGGCACUGAUAAAGCCUUCAAACAUUAUGAAAUGCUACGCCAGGUUCCCCGUAUGUGUAUGUGCAUCAAAAAUAAUGGCGUAAAUUUUGAAAAUAGCCAAAUGUUCUUGCCAUUCCCAUGAAUAUAUAUCUACAGUUGUGUAUCAUGAGCUAUGUACUGUCUACUGCUGAAUUAAGAAUUCCCCACAGUCACCAGUCCUGCAAUGCCACAAAUCAUCUGGCACCAGCGCAUAAGCUGAUCUUUCCUUUGGCUACCACACCUUCACCAGCUUUGUCCAUAUUAUAUCAUUUUUUCCAGUAAUGCAUCCUGCCCAAGACCACUUUAUUUUCUGAAGAGUCAACAUGAUGUAUUUAAUUUGUGUAUAUUCUCUGAUCCAUGUAUUCCUAUUUAUGUCAUCACAAGCAUACAUCUCUGCAUGUUUUGCAGACUUUCCAGCUGUUUCCAUGUACGUUAUCAGAGUCCAUAUUUUUAAUUCGCUUUAUGUACUAUAAAAAUUAAGAUGAAAGUUUAUACAUAAUUCUUCCACUAGUUUAGCCUUUGUAUGCGUUCUAUAGAAAUGUAUUGAGGCAUACAAACAGGAGACAUUACUUUUGUUGUAUAGUAGAACCACGCAGAGACGGACUUUACUAUAAGGGCUGUUACCGUUUAUUAAACACUUACAUUCAGCACUCAAGCUCACACCAGGGGUAGGUGCUCUCUAUUCUAGGUCCUUACCCUGGACCCCCGAACACUAUGUCGUCCUACCCUCGGCUAUCCCUUGGGCUCUCUCACUCGGGCCGGGGGCUCAUCCAACACUUCCUGGCAACGAGGAGAGAAGAACCCACUCUCUCUCAGCUGAUCCUCACUGAAUACUUGGAGCCGUACUCCCCUUGGCUCUCCCACUCGUCUGCCCUGGACGGGGGUUCAGCCAACACCGUCCGGCGACGAGCGGGAGAGACCUCCUGCAGCUGAUCCUUACUCCGGGCUCCCAAAAUGACCCCGCCCUCGUCACGGGGUCCCCAUUAAGUACCCCUUGGGCGGUUCCUCCCCCUAACUCGGACCCGCCUUUGUUCCCGAAGAUGAGGCAACAUGUGGAGGAGGAUAAAGGCCUCGCCACUGGCCCGCCCUGUGGAAUCCACGGCAGCACUGAGAGCACCACACUCACAAGAGCAAGGGGUGUUGAGCCCACCAGACAAGACAUCGACAGCCUGCCAACUAACACAGCUUUUCGCACCAAAGGAAAAAGGGAGAUGCUACUUGAAAAGACUCUUCGUGACAGAAUAAGCAAGGAGGUGCUGGAGAAGUCAAGUCCAAUUCCUCCACCCAAGCAAUAUUCAACAUCAAAGCAAGCUUUCUUUCAUUACACCUUAAAACCAGAGCCCCCUGUGCCCAAUAAGGCACAUGAUUAUCACACAGAGCAGCCAAUCACCUAUUGGUCCAAUAAUGUUAACAACAUACAGGGAGUAACAGACAUCAAGUCAAGAGAGAAACCCUUUCUCAAGAACACCACUUUUAGCAAACCAAUCAGCGAGCGCCUGGACACACCAUUUUAAUGAAGCAAUUUUAAUAUUUAACCCAUAAAAAGUGGACGCCAGUGAAUUUCAUUUUAUUACAGGAUACAGAAUAAUAUAUACCAAGGAUACAAUAAUUCACAUACCUUUUACCUUUAGACUGCACAUAUUUUAUGCCCGCCAAACAAAAUUGUAAUACUAAAUGUGUGCGAAAUGAAACUGUAAAUCAUAUCAAAUCCAUCGUAUUAAAAUUCCAAGUGUUUUUGUUACAUUUUGUUUUUAUAUUCAUCACGUGUUGCUAAACACAGUAUUGCUACAAAGUUACAUGUUGUUGUGGUGUUCAUGUCAAUAUAAAUUCAAUAAACAUAUCACAUUUAGAAUGUUUCACAUUUUAACAAAAUAGUUUAAAGUGUUAUUUACAAUAUGAACAAUAGAAUGCAUUCCCAUUGGAGUCCAGGCUACAUUUUCAGGGUUAAUUUCAUGAUUUAUCAUGGUAUCUUCCAAACAUCCAUAGUGAAUGUAGGUAUGCAAAUGAUUUGAAAAUAUCCCGUUACAUAUACAAAAGUGCAAUAAAUACAGUACUAAUAAACAGAAACAAUUCCAUCUGCUCUUCAAGGAAGGUUACAAUCAAAAUAAUUCAAGUGAUCAAAUAUAAUAAAAUAUUUACAUCUUGGUUGAAUCAUUUGUUAUGCUUCUGGAUUCUCCUCAAUUUCUCCCAGAAGCCAGUAUGUCCUCAUUUUCCCCUUUCCCUGCAAACAACGACAGUUACGAGGAAGAGAGGGAAAGCGUUCCCAAGUGGUGAAUGUGUAGCAGGCAACACAAUUACAAUAAGCAGUUAUCAUUUACAAACGUAAAUGCAGCACAAUGAGCUCCUCUUAUCUGUAAUGAUAUGGGAGGGACCCUAUAGCAGUUAUACAAAGCUAUGGAUAAAUAAAGAUGCCAUCUCAACCAGGUAACAGCUUGUUAAGACCAGGAGGCUCUAUUUUUUUUUUUAAAAGCUCCUAUCAGAGAUUUAGGAGAUACAAAAAAUAAACAGCCAUUUGUCAAUCCACUGCUGGAUUAAAUCCUACACAUGCUGUCUCAGUCAUGGUGAUUGUUUGACUGAGCAUUACCACGCUGAUUAGUGUAGGUUUUAGUUGAAGUGGAGCCCAGGACCAGUUCAGAUAUUAUUCCCCACCGAUGUUUAUUCUGGCCAGUAAUCAAAUCUAGGUCACUGCGUUUAUAGUACAGUGUGCUAACCACUGCACCACUGCUCCAUCCCAUUUCGUGAAGCUUUUAUGAACGUAUCUAAACAUUGUAUUUUGCAAUUGACAGCCAAACAAUGGUUAGGUUGUCACUAACACCUAUCCGAACAUUAUCAUUUGUAUGCACAUCUGAUGCACAUAUUUAUUUAUUGAGAGCAAAGUGUAAUACUUCACCUGUUAUGAAAUUCAUACAACACAUUUAGUACAAAAUUCCUCUCCAUUUAAUAACAUCUUCACAUUAUUCAUUGUUAUGACAAUGCCUCUCUGUAUUCUUUCUAUUAUCCAUGAAAAAUAGAUCGCAGGAAUAAUUACUCUGCAAAUAAUCGGAUUAUUUGUGGGUCAGUACAAUCUUAGGGAUAAUAGGCAUCAAAGACAUGAUGGAAGCACAAACAUGAGUCUAAAUUUUUAUUGUUUUCAAAACAAAGUCAGGCAGAACACAGCUAUAAAUAGGAAUUUUGCUUAAUGGAUUUUAAAUUGCCUUUGUACAUGUGCAAAUUCAGCCCUUCGGUCAAUUUAUUGCUGUGAUAGAUUAUGAAUCAAGCAAUUCGAAAAUACGUAUUUUAUUUAUUAUAUGUACAUAAGCACAUGAGUAAUAAACAGUCGUUUUCAUUACAAGCUUAUGAAUGGCAUUGGGAUAAUCAAGACUAUAUUAAUUAACCAAUUUGGAGCUAAUUUGGAAUAUAUAUGUAUAAAGCCAUCACAUUACAUUCAUGAGACCCUAUAUUUAAAUACUAUUACUCAUGAAAGAUUGGAAUGUAUGCACAUGUAUGAAUAUUUAAGAAAUUAUUGUUAAAAUAUGCAACAGUAAAUAACAGUAAAAUAUAAUUUCAAAGUGCAGAAUGAAUGCAGUUGCAAAAGAAAAGGCUCUUUGUAUACCUUCAUUUCCACAUCACCACGCAACUCCAGCCUGAAACAGCCAAACUCAUCCAAAACUUCCUUUGUAGUUUGUGAAACGUGAAUUUUUAAAGCUGAAAAAUACAAGAGUGGAGAUUAUUAUUAUUUACAAACGCGAGCAGCAUCCCCCAUCAAUGUUUCAAGUUUAUUUGACUUAACCAGGUGAGAAAUCUAGAGACCAGGACAGCCUCAUUUGCAAGAGUGACCUCGGGCAUUCGUCUUACAGUGGGGGGCAAUGAUUGCUUUGUAUAAUCCAAAUUGAGUAAUUUUGUGGCAAUUAUCAAAUUUGACAAAUAUGAACCUGAUGCCAGCACACAAUGGUCUACUCGUGUGAAUGACGUCAGGGGUCUUUAACGUCCACUGUGAAUUAGCCUGCAUAUUAUGUCUUUUUUCACCCGCAGUAAUAAUCAGGGCAGCCACUUGAUUUCAGCUGUGAACCUCUGCAACAAGCAGUGACACACUACCACUAGCCCAUGUCACCGCCCUUUAUGUGAUGAAUAGGACAGUCAGACAAUUCUUAGGAUGUGCUAAUUACUUGGUUUAAGGACAGCUCACAAUGAUUGGGGACUUCUCUCUGUAGCAGUUCAAUUUCAGAUUGUUAUCAUCAUAUCUACUACUGAUGUAAUUGUGAGGGGAGAGAGCGAGAUAUUAAAAUUGGAGGAUUGGAAAGUCUAUGGCCUGGGAUUGAAAGCAAUUACUGACCUUCAUUAAACUGUCAUUUUUUUCUACAUAGUCCCCGUUGACAUCCAAUGUAAUUGAUCCAUUGACAUCCCAAGGUUUUAAUCUCCACACAGAACAACUCUCUGUCUCACCCCCUCAACCAUGCAUUGACAUUACACGACUUCACUCUCACGAGCAUUGCAGGAGCUACUCCUGACCAAUUAGGUCAGGAGUAGCUCCUUGUCUCACCUGACCAAUUAGGUCAGGAGUAACGACCAAUUAAAAUGCAUCGUGCAAUGUCCCAGCUUGUCUCACCUUUUUUACUGCAUUGCACAAUUUUUAAAGUAUGUAUAAUACUACCCUGUGAUUAUUCCAACAUGCUGCAAAUAGUUUGACUCAAACUGCAUCAUUAAAAGUUGAGUUCAAUGCGUUUACAGCAGAGGCUUACACUCUGAAAAGGCAAUGCCUAACUAUGCCAAACUGGUUCAUUUCUGGUUGACAGAUUACAUUCUAAACGCCCCAUCUUACAGACACCUUGUGUAUCCUCAAAUUGUCAGCUUGUAUGGUAUCAUAUAAAAGGUCAAGAUUCUCAGAAAUCUUUACAAUUGUCAAACAGUUGUUCACAAGGGGAUCAUGAACUGUAUUGACAUUUGAGUUGCUCAAGUUGGAAGAUGCCCAGGCUGUGGAUCGAUCAUCUUAACGAGCCUCUUUCAACACUAAAUUUGUGUACCCCUCUCUUAACCAUAGAACACGAUGGAACAGAUUCACAUAAUGCAUGUCCCAUAUCAGUAAUGGAUUUCAGGCAGGGUCAUGUCCUUUUAAAUAUAUUUUAUGGCUGCUUUCAGCUCAGAAUUCCACAUUUUUCAGUUCUCACAAAAUGUGAUUUCCGAUGUUGUAAUUCUCUCAUAAAUAGUAUAAUUUUAGGUGAACACUCACCCUUUAUUGUAGAAAAUACUUGUAUGUCAGGCCACAGACUUCAAUCACACCUGGUAACUGCCUUGUUGCUUUAUCGUCAUGAAAUUUAAAUAGACCACCCUUUCAACCUCAGGGUCUGUACCUAACACAUGUAUGCCAAAUAGGAGAAGCAAGCUAUAGGACUAUCCACAGUGGAAAUGUGAAAUUCACAUACCUCAGUGGGGAUGAGUAUGGCUACAUCACAUUGGAAUCAUGACCUCUCAACCUGGUGUUUUUAUUUGAUACAGUUUCAGAAAAAUGUGUUACACUUAACUGAAAUCUAUCUUGCUGUGGUCAAUAAGCACACUGUAAACUUUAAUCAGGUCCUUUACACAAACAUUGUUGUAAUUUUAACAUCUUUCAGACAAUAAAGCUGCGCGUAGCAAUCA